UUUUGGCUAAAUUUGAUGAAUUUACGAUGAGAAACUUGCAAAUCCAGUAAUUACCGAUUGCUACUAAUUGACUCGUGCGGUGAAAAGAUCCUAUCAGAUGGAUCUGCGAAGCGAGAGAGGCUUUGUGUAACCAACAUCGACACAUCGGAGAGCACGUCCUCGUACUCGUACGCAGUGUGCAGUGCACUCCCCAAUUGUCGAAAUUGAGGAGUUCGUUGUGACCGUCGCUGUUGCCGUUCGUUGCUGCUGCGGAAGUCGCGAACCCUCAUGCGCAGUUAGCCACUAGCCAGAUCUGUCGCGGCAUCGAGAUUCGUUAUUGGCGGAGAUGGAGGGGAACUCCGGCGGAGGUGGUGGCGGCGGCGGCGGAGGAAACGACGUCGAAUUGCUCUGCAAAACGCUGCAGGUGGAGCACAAGCUGUUUUACUUCGAUCUGAAGGAGAACCCUCGCGGUCGUUACCUUAAGAUUUCCGAGAAGACCUCCGCCACCAGGUCCACCAUCAUCGUCCCCUUCUCUGGCAUUUCCUGGUUCCUCGAUCUCUUCAAUUACUACGUUAAUUCCGACGAUCAAGACCUCUUCAGCAAGGAGUUGCAGCUCGACACCAAGGUUUUCUACUUCGACAUUGGCGAGAAUCGGAGGGGGCGUUUCUUGAAGGUGUCUGAAGCUUCUGUUAGCAGAAACCGUAGCACUAUAAUUGUUCCUGCUGGAAGUUCCAGGGAUGAAGGGUGGGCAGCAUUCAGGAACAUUUUGGCAGAGAUCAAUGAAGCCUCAAGGCUUUUCAUUCUACCCAAUCAGCAAAAUUCUGAAUCUUCAGAGCGUCUUGUUGGACUUUCGGAUGAUGUUGGUGCUGGCUUCAUAUCUGGUCAUAGUAAUCAACCUGCCACUUCUUCUGAGUUGAAUGUGGACAGGUCUGUUGAUUUGCCAGCUCAGGAUGAAAUUGGAAACUUGGGGGUUUCAAAAGUGAUUAGGGCUGAUCAAAAAAGAUUCUUCUUCGAUCUUGGGAGCAAUAAUAGGGGUCAUUUCUUAAGAAUAUCUGAGGUUGCAGGUUCUGAUCGAUCCUCCAUCAUUCUUCCCCUGUCAGGGCUGAAGCAGUUUCACGAGAUUGUUGGUCACUUUGUGGAAAUCACAAAGGACCGAAUUGAGGGAAUGUCAGUUGCUAAUGUUCGCACAGUUGAUCCCCCUCAAAGAUGAAUGCUAACUUGGGGUAUUCCGAGGCAAUAAUUAGUCCCUCUGCCAAGGUUUCAAUGGGAUAAGAAUGGGUGUUGUCUUUGAGUCUGAUUUGUGCUAUUUUAUUUUAUUUCCCCUCAGCCUCCUCCUUCUAAAAUUGUUCUUCCAUUAAUGCUUUUGAAAUAAUGCAAACUCUGGUUGGUCGGCAGAAUAAUUUGAAUUGCUUGGCAAGGUUAAUAUGAAUAGGAAUAACGGAAGAAAAAUGGAUCAGAGACUUGUACUUGUUUGGAUAGAUUGGCACCUAAGGUACAAUUUGUAAUAAUGUUUGAUUGUUUAUUUUGAUUUCCUUGCGCAGAUUUCACUUG